CAUAAAGUCGAAGUACCAAAACUCCAGAGAAAAAAUGGCGGCUCCUCUCAAAUCUUUGGCUGCUUUUCUUCUUCUUCUUCUUCUCUGUAUGGUUAGUGGAGGAAGGGGUUGCACAUACAGCGGGAUUCAGAUCGGGACGGAGAGAACCGGGAGGGAGAUAGAGGGAGAAGUGGAGUGGAAAGUGACGGUGACAAACACGUGCGACUGUCUGCAGAAGCACGUGACGCUGUCGUGCAAAGGGUUCAGUCCGGUGAAGAGAGCGGAGCCGUGGCUGAUGCUUCAGCGAGGAGACAGUUGCCUUCUGGUCAAAGGAGAGGCUUUGCCCGCCAAAGCUUCCGCUCAGUUCACUUACGCAGGCCAGCCUUACAUCUUCAGGCCCAUCGGUUCCAUGGUGGACCCCAGUUGCAACAAGCCCUGAUCUUCAUAUGAUCUGCCUCUCUCUAGUUUUUUUAUUUUUUAUUUUUUAUGAAAUGAUCCAAAAAUAGCUUACUAUAAAAUACGACACGACAAGGAAGACACGUGUCAAUAUACAUUUGAGAAAAUUUUGGGAUUGUGAAAUUGAGUUUUUGAUUUUCGUAAUCAAAUUUUGACCAUC